AUGGCAAACGGUCUGCUCCCGGCACCAUACUGGUCGUGGAUCUCCGCAGGAAUGCACAACACACUCACCCACUACUCACAUUAUACCGAUGACGCUCAAUACGACGCCCAAGUCGCAGCCGGAAUCCAAGCACAAGCCGGCUCAGGAGACUUUUCCGGUCCUAACAUCCCUGGAAACGAUGACCAACUCUGGUGGGGACUAUCAGCAAUGACCCAAGCGGAAUUUGCUCCUUCUCCUGACGCCUGGCCCUCGCUAGCCAAGAACGUCUUCGCAACCGUAAUCACAAGAUGGCAAACCACCGGCUCUUGCACAAACAAUCUAGGCGGCAUAGGCUGGCAAAUCGACCCGCAAAAUCCAAACGGCGGCUACCAUUACAUGAACGCCAUCACCAACGGCCUAGCCUUCCAACUCGCCGCCAGACUAGCACGAUAUACCGGCGAACAAUAUUACAUCGACCAAGCCAACAAAAUUUUCGAAUGGAGCUGGGCCGUCGGCAUUAUCGAUCACAAAACCUACUCCGUCUACGACGGUACCCAUGCCCCAGACUGCUCCAGCAUGGACCCAACACAAUGGUCCUACAACAACGGCGUCUACCUCUACGGCGCAGCAAUCAUGCUCGAACACACCGGCAACCCCGAAUGGCAGACCCAUCUCGACGCUUUCCUCUCUGCCACGCACCGCGAAUUCGCGCCAAACAAUCUUCUCACUGAACACUGCGACGCCGAUCAUUCUUGUAACACCGAUCAAAGUACGUUUAAGGCAUAUUUGGCGAGAUGGCUGGGUCAGACUGCUGCGCUUAUUCCGAGUACGCGGGACAGUAUCAUGCCGAUACUCCAAGCUAGUGCGGAUGCUGUUUCGCAGGGUAGGUUUGGGGGUGAUCAGGGAGAUGUUGGGGCUGAGAUGAGUCGAUUGGAGAUUACGCAGGCUGUUUUGGCGACGAGGAGGGCUUUGCCCAUGAGGAUGGAGGCGGGGGUUUCUAGGUUGUGA